AUGCCGCAUCACGACAUCAACCAACUGGGCAAUUUCGUGGUGCCGGUUACAAUUGUCCAUACUUGCUGCGCCUACGUCAAGUGUCACAUAAAAGACCUUGGCCGUCUUCACGAGCACCUAGAGCGCUACCUGCUUAGAGAUGAUGCCAGCGGAAAAGACAACGAGGCCCGGCGGAAGCAUAUGGAGCCAUUAGCGAAUGCUCUUGGCGGCACAAAGGACAUUUGUGAAGAAAACUAUCGCGUGGCGAGAGGUCUCGACGGCUAUGAGGUGGUGUCACCACCGAGGUGUGCGGCUCAACGUGGCCAUUACGAGGGCGAAGAGGGCGAUGCUACUCGUCGGCAGUGCUCACACCUUGGAUGCCGACCCGCGUGGCAUCAGCUUCUGAUGCACUACGAUUCACCCAUCUGCGCUUCGGUCGAGCUGAUUAACCCAACCGGCCAAGAGACACCUUCUUGCGGG